GCACGGGGACGCCGUUCUCCGUGGGCUUCCGGCGCACGUUGGUCGCUGUGCCGCCGCGGACUCUGUCGCGGGUGCCCCCGGCUCCGCCGCCGCCAUGGGGAUCCUGGAGAAGAUCUCCGAGAUCGAGAAGGAGAUUGCGCGCACGCAGAAGAACAAGGCCACCGAGUACCACCUGGGCCUGCUGAAGGCGAAGCUGGCCAAGUAUCGGGCCCAGCUGCUGGAGCCCUCCAAGUCGGCCUCCUCCAAAGGCGAGGGCUUCGACGUCAUGAAGUCCGGCGACGCCCGGGUGGCGCUGAUUGGCUUUCCCUCCGUGGGUAAGUCCACCUUCCUGAGUCUGAUGACCUCCACCGCCAGCGAGGCUGCGUCCUACGAGUUCACCACCCUGACCUGCAUCCCGGGGGUCAUUGAAUACAAAGGCGCCAACAUCCAGCUCCUGGACCUUCCUGGCAUCAUCGAGGGCGCCGCACAAGGGAAAGGCCGAGGCCGACAGGUGAUCGCAGUGGCUCGCACGGCAGACGUGGUCAUCAUGAUGCUGGACGCCACCAAGGGAGAGGCGCAGAGGUCCCUGCUGGAGAAGGAGCUGGAGUCGGUGGGGAUCCGCCUCAACAAGCACAAGCCCAACAUCUACUUCAAGCCCAAGAAAGGAGGCGGCAUCUCCUUUAACUCGACGGUCACGCUGACCCAGUGCUCGGAGAAGCUGGUGCAGCUGAUCCUGCACGAGUACAAGAUCUUCAACGCGGAGGUGCUCUUCCGAGAAGACUGCUCCCCGGACGAGUUCAUCGACGUGAUUGUGGGCAACCGCGUGUACAUGCCCUGCUUGUAUGUUUAUAACAAGAUUGACCAGAUCUCCAUGGAGGAAGUGGACCGCCUGGCCCGGCAGCCUGACAGCGUGGUCAUCAGCUGUGGCAUGAAGCUCAACCUGGACUACCUGCUGGAGGUGCUCUGGGAGUACCUGGCCCUGACCUGCAUCUACACCAAGAAGAGAGGACAGCGGCCGGACUUCACAGACGCCAUCAUCCUCCGGAAAGGGGCCUCGGUGGAGCACGUGUGCCACCGCAUCCACCGCUCGCUCGCCAGCCAGUUCAAGUACGCGCUGGUGUGGGGCACCAGCACCAAGUACAGUCCCCAGCGGGUGGGGCUGACCCACACCAUGGAGCACGAGGACGUCAUCCAGAUCGUGAAGAAGUAGCCCCCCGCCCCGCGCCGCCCCCGGAGGCCACACCGAAGCCCAAACAGCCAGUACAAGCGCACACCAGGAAGAGGCUGGCAUCUCUGCCAGUGGCAGAAGCUCCUUCGGUGGGCAGGCGGUGGAGAGCACGCGGGGGCAGAAGGACAAGGCGGGACGGGCUGGGCCGGUCAUGUUUCCACGACACUGGCCCCUGGAAGGGUCCUGAGGUUGGACCCCUGGGCCCGCACCCUCCCCCUGCUCCUUCGGGCACUGUGGGAGCGAGUUGCCCACGUCCGCCCAGCUGGAGCCUGGUGCAGAUGGCUGGCUUGGUGUGGGCGGGAGCCAGGCCGGCCUGGGUCCCUGGAGCUGGUGUGCUGUUGGGGCAUCUCCUGCCAGCUUCUCUGGCUCUCAGGACGGGGCGGCCUAGGACACGCCCCUCUAUCCACCCCCUUCCCAGGGCCACCCCUGAUGGGAAGCAGAGGUCUGGGGCUUUAAAGGCCCCCCUCACACCCUCCACAGCCUGACAGGUCCUGAAGGGCCCCCCUUCCUGGGGCAGCCCCUGCCCAGUACAACACCCAGGACCCAGCCUGUGCAGACACCCCCCCCCACCUGGGGCGGGGACUUCGGGGUCUGGGCUCUGCAUCUUCUCUCGGAGCCCCCCGCCCCCAGUCUCGGUCUCCUCCCGAAAUAAAAGAUGGCGAUUCCUCUUCA